UAAUUAAGGAAAUGGAACGCGCAGGUUCGCCCCCAGGUCCCACACAGGCGAUAGAGGCUGGGCAACCCCGAGUGAAGAGCAUCAGCCCCAUCGCACCUGCCUUCAAAGGGACUGUCUGGAGGUCGACUGGAGGGAUGCGGAGUGAGGAGACGCACACCUGGGGCUGAGCGUUUUAAGCCGAUGUUUUUGGAAUCAAGACUUGGAAAAAUAAAGUGCACCAUCAAAAGAGAGAAACAUGGAAAUCUGCAAGCGACGCUUUCUUGGAAUAUCGGUUGCUAUAGCUCACGGGUUUUUUUCCGGCUCUUUAAACAUUUUACUGAAAUUUCUUAUUACAAACUACGAAUUUCACUACCUCACUCUGAUCCAGUGCCUGACCAGCGUCCUGGCGGCACUCACCUUAGAGAUCCUGCGACGCCUGGGAAAGGUGGACGUGCCGCCCUACAGCCUGCAGCUCGCCAAAGUUUUCGCAGGUGUAACCAUCCUAUCUACUCUGCAGUCCAGCCUCACCCUCUGGUCCUUGAGAGGCCUCAGUCUGCCUAUGUAUGUGAUCUUCAAGCGGUGCCUGCCUCUGGCCACCCUCAUCAUCGGAGUCUGCUUGCUAAAGAACGGCAUCCCGACCGUCGGUGUCAUUAGCGCAGUCCUCAUCACCACAGUGGGAGCGGCGCUGGCAGGAGCUGGAGAUCUAACUGGAGAUCCCGUUGGUUACGUGACUGGAAUUCUAGCUGUCAUCAUUCAUGCGACAUAUCUGGUAAUUAUUCAAAAGACAAGCACCGACAACGACUAUGGGCCACUGACCGCACAGUACGCCAUUGCCUUUACGGCCUCUCCGUUUCUCAUCAUCUGCUCAUUUGCUAGCAUGGACUCCAUCAAUGUCUGGUCAUAUCCCCAGUGGUCCAGCCCCUUUGUGUCAUGCACGUUCAUAGCGUGUAUCUUAUUUGGCUGUGCCAUGAACUUUACCACCCUCCACUGCACCUACAUCAACUCCGCAGUCACCACCAGUUUUGUCGGUGUGGUCAAAAGCAUCGCCACCAUCACCGUAGGGAUGCUAGCAUUCAAUGACGUGAAGCCCACGGCGCUGUUUAUUGCUGGUGUUGUGGUGAACACUGUGGGCUCUAUCAUUUACUGCAUUGUCAAAUAUUUUGAAACUAAAAAAAAAAGCAAGUACCAGGACCUGGAAGAAGAUGCCAAAAAGGACGACUUACCUGGUGAACCAUACAAAAUGGACAAUGGUAAUGAUGGUGAACCCACAGAAAUGACAUCCAAUGGAACUCUGCAUGAGUCUUCGAACACCAAUGGCUACGUGCACACUCCUGCAGUGAAUGGAACUGUGGGAACCAUGGAAGUCCAAACGCAAGAAAGCGAAACUGGAGGAGAUGACAAGAAAUCUGUGAGCGAUGCUUACAUUGGAGUUUGGCGGUCAAUUCGAAAUUUCAAGUUCAUGAAAAAAGAUCUUUUAAUAGAAAAUGAGGUUCUACCAAGUCCGUGAUGUGAGGAAUGCAGAAACAUAAAUGAAAAGCAUGCUGUUGUUAAGAAUGACUCUACUGAUACAUCAACUAGCUCAUUGUCCACCGCUCAAGACAUCUCUUGUAUUGUAUUGUUAUUUCACAGUAGCAGAAUGUGAAUUGAAAAGGUACGAUCUUUAUUCUAAUGAUCAAGUGUUGCUUCUGAUGAUUGUGCACAAAUUCUAAAUCCAUCACCUUUAUUUAGAUGAAAUAACGUCAACCAGUUUGCUGUUUAAAGUAACACACUUACUAUAGAAAAAAGGGCUCUAAGGAGACAAGCUCUAUGUCACUUGACAGAAAGGUGAUUGCCAUCAAAUCCUAAGAGUAACACAACUGGAAGCUCAUGGAAGUUUAUUGAUGUUUUCAAAUUGAAGUUUCUGAGAUAGACAUAAAAACAUCAGCUUAGCAGAGAUCAGUACUGUUCACAGCCCUAGUGAUGUGGAUUCUACUCCCUCGAUAUUUUCAGUUAAUCGAUGACUCUAAAUUAGCCCGUUUUAUGUGUGCCCUUCAGUGCUAGCAGCUCAUUCUACAGUUGCUUCCUAACUUGUUCCUGAUGCUCCUGGCAUUUGCACCAGGGCCCCAUGAUGCUUAACUGGGGCUACUGUUACAGUAAAAAAAGUUUAGGAAGCAAAGAUGUAGAGCAAGGUGCUAUAGGAUGAGGGAACAUGAUGAAACUGGUGUGUCCUUUUGUCUUCUUUCUUCUCUAUCUUUUGGUCCCUUUUUUCACAGCUCACAGCUAUUGAUUUCGUAUAUUUUUAGGUAGCUGUGCACUCCUAAUUUUGUCCCCUUUGCUUCUCUAAUAUUUUUUCUUUAUUUUUCCUUUUAAUAUUCAUUCAUGUACCACAGAAACAAACAACAUGGCCAUCGAUAUGGAAUAUCUUUAAUGUUUGAAAUUUCUCAGAAAAGGCAUCUCUUGCAUUUAUAGUUUUUUUCAUAUCUUAUAGCAUUCACUAUUCACUCCUGCUUGGGGUUCCGAUGUAAUUUCCCCACAGGUAGUUUGCAUUUCUGUCAGUAGAAGUCACUGCUUAUGCUGCUAUUCAACUUCAUUUAAGCCAAACAAUUAAAAUACCAGCCUGUUCAUGAAAUUCUUUGUGUUCAAAUAAGUAGAGAAUUGAUUGCUCCUCGAGUGCCAUUGCUCAGAUAUUUCUUUAGUGUCUGUUAGUAAAUAUCAGGUUUUACCUGAUGGUUGUAUGUCAGUCAGAAAUUGAUUUUAUGUUUGUAUUGCAGACAAGCUUGUAUCCACCACUCCGGACCCCAGCUAUAAUCAGCCUCCCACUCAAAGUGUGCGUAUGACCCUGAGCAAGUUACUUAAACGGCCCAAAGUCCAUUUAUUUAAAAAAAAUUACCCUUAAGCAAGGAAGGAAUCAAUACAUGCAAAUUAUUAAAAUUGCAAUUGCAAAAAGAAAUAUUAAUGUAUUAUCACUAGAAAGCAGGUAAUCUUUAAUUAAUUUAAUUAAUAUUAUGUUUUACAUAGAAACAGGAAACAGUGUGAAGCUCUGAGCACAAAAUGUUUAGUGCAAAAGGUUCUUUCAAAAUUGCUGCUGAGGAAGGUGUGAGGCUGCCAUUGGCUUCACCACAUAUUCCACUUUUUGGGAUUCUUAGAUGCCGUAAGGGGUUCACAAAUCCAUUCACCCCACCAUUCAUUUUCAAACCUACUUAAUCCAAUUCACAGUUCUGUCAUCAUGUUGCUCCGUGUUGUACUUUAUGUGGUGGGCCAAUUUAAACAUUUUAGUAUGUUAUUAGUUUUCAGAUAGCACAUUUCCGGCUAUUUGGUGGCUUAGUAAGUAGAGCUUCUUCCUCCUUGGCUCAGCAUCCUUGGCUCAGAGCUCGCUGUCAAGUAGUUCUCCAUGUGGAGUUUGCUAGUUCUGUUUUUCUGCAGGUAGUGCUUUGUUUUCUCUCACAUCACUAAAAAGACGUAUUUAUUGGGUGAAGUGGUGACUCUAAAUUGUCCUGUUGUGAGUGUGUAUGAGGGGGAGUGUGUGACCGGGCUUUGCAAUGGAGUGCUACCCUAUUCAUGUUUGCUUGCACUGUCGUUGGUGAUGUUAGGAUAGGUUUGGGCCGCUACAAUCCUGAGGUUGAUGAAGCAGGUUUGAGAAUGUUAUGCUAUUGUUUUGUCUUGGUAGAAUAAUAUAUUGCUCUGCUUUCCCCUUUUGUAUUAAUAAUAAGUAGCCUUUGUCAGAAUGCUGCAGAUGUCCCCGACUUAACACUGUUUCUAAGAUAUUGUACCAUAUAACUUCUCCCCACCUUCCCUUCUACAUCUUUAACCGCAGGCAAUUAGUUGUAGUAAAAGAC